AUGGAAUUGGGAAGUGAUGAUAUUUCUCAACCACCAAAUCAAACUCAAAGUGUUGGAUCUUCUCAACCAUCUAUAACGUCAACUACAAUAAAAAGAAAGUCCAAUGAUGUAGGUUGGGACUAUGGGGUACUUAAUGAUCCUACUAAGUCAUUGGACAAGAUUAAAUGUCUAUUGUGCAAGAAAGUAAUGUCUGGUGGGGUUUAUCGGAUCAAAGAGCAUAUUGCCGGUAUUUCAGGGAAUGUUAGCAAAUGCCCCAUAGCUUCAAAAGAAGAUCAAAUAAAAUGUAGAGAUGCUCUCAUUAUGGCGAAGAACAAAAAAAAAAAGAACAAGAGAGCUGAAGAACUUAAUAUAAGAGCGGAGGUAAACAUUGGUUCGCAUGAGAGUUUGAGUAAUACGCCUACAAAUAGUAUUGAUGUUGAUGAGUUGCAAGAGUCUGAACAAAUGAGGCCACCUCGUCCAAUUGGCCCUAUGGAUAAGCUUGCUAACCAAAUCAAUCCUGAAAUUUCUUUGAGUUCAAGAAGGGGCCCAGCGCAACAACGUAUAAUUGAGGCAUUUGACAAGGAGAGGGUGAACCGAGUGAAAGAGUACAUAUGUAGAUGGGCGUAUGAAGCAGCUGUUCCAUUUCAUGUUCUUGAGAAAGAUAGCUUCAAGUUGAUGAUUGAAGCUGCUGGUCAAUUCGGUCCGGGAGCGCAGACACCAAAUAGAUAUGAACUGAGUGAAACAUAUUUGAAAAAAGGGGUUGAUCGCGUCAAGGACAGUUUGAAGGAACAUGAGGCGUUGUGGAAACAAAAUGGCUGCUCAAUUAUGACUGACGCAUGGACAGAUAGGAAGAGAAGAAGCGUCAUGAACUUGUGUGUAAAUUCAAGAUUAGGCACUGUUUUUCUAUCUUCUAAAGAAUGUUCAAGUGAGGCACACACAAGUCAGUUUAUAUUUGAAUAUGUGGAGCAUGGGAUUGAACAAGUUGGAGAGAACAAUGUUGUACAAAUUGUCAUAGAUAAUGCCGCAAACAACAUGGGAGCGGCUAAAUUGUUGAAGGAGAAGAGGCCACGGCUAUUUUGGACAUGUUGUGCAACUCAUUCCAUUAAUUUAAUGCUUGAAAGCAUUGCAGGUUUACCCCGGUUCAAAAAAGUUCUUGAUCAAGCAAAGAGCUUAACUAUCUUUAUCUAUGCACACCACAAAACAUUGGCAAUGAUGAGAACCUAUACAAAGAAACGUGACAUAAUUAGGCCAGGUGUGACUAGGUUUGCUUCUGCAUUUCUAACUUUGCAGAGUUUACUUGCUAAGAAAAUUGAAUUAAAGGCUAUGUUUAGUAGCAAUGAAUGGGAGGAAUGUAAGUUUUCCAACACAGUUAAAGGGAAAGCUUCCUAUGCUACUGUCACGAAUACUUCAUUUUGGCAAGGGGUUACAUUAUGCUUGAAUGUUUUUGCACCGUUGGUGAAGGUGCUUCGUAUUGUUGAUCAAGAUAAGAAACCUUCAAUGGGAUUUGUUUAUGGUGAGCUUAUGCAAGACAAAGAGGACAUUAAGAAGGCAUUCAAUGAAGUGGAUCCUCGACUUCAUUUGGAUGUUAAUGUUUCUCUUGGAUGUAUUGAGUUUCUUGAAACAUAUUACCAUGACGAUUUAGAAAUGCAAAACAAGGUAUUGAAUGAUGAAUUUCCCAUUUACAAGAGGAAAGAUGGUGUAUUUGGGAAGACACUUGCGGUCAAAGGAUGUGAGACAAAUAAUGAGCGAUAUGAUCCGGCAAUGUGGUGGUCAACUUAUGGUGGGACAACUCCAAACUUGCAAACAAUUGUGAUAAAAAUUCUAUCUCUUACUUCAAGUUCAUCGGGUUGUGAAAGGAAUUGGAGUACAUUUGAAGGGAUACAUACAAAGAAAAGAAAUAGGUUGGAAUCUAAUCACCUAAACAAUCUAGUCUUUGUGCAAUUCAAUGCAAACUUGAUGAACAAAAGGAAAAAAGAGCAAAAUGUUGAAAUAUUACUUGGUAGUGAUGCAACCUUCGCACAAGAUUGGAUUGUUGAGGAUGAAGUUGAGGUUGUUGGUGAAGAUGAAGUGGCUACUAAUGAGGAAGGUGAUGACGCAUUAAGACCACGACGGAGUUCUAGAUUGAGGGAGCUUGAAGAAGAGAACUUUGAAUCCGAAAGUGAAGAAGAAGAAUAUGUGGUGGUUGAGUUUGAAGAUGAUGAAAAUCAAGUGAUAGAUGGGCAAGUGGAAGAACAACACCUUGAAAGUUGA